UAGGGGACGGAACCGAAGCUCGCUGAAAACCCUCGCCGCCGUUCCCUUCUUCCUCACCUUCUCCGCUCCGCUCCGCUCAAUGUCAGCCGACUCAGCCCGCUGAAAACCCUCGCCGCCAUUCCCUUCUUCCCCGACUUCUCAGCGGUACCCCACCAAUGUCAGCCGCAGCAGAGAGGCCAAGCACGAGAAUCGCGUCGAUGUGCGCCGCCGCGGAGACCGCGCGGGUCACGCACUCGUUCAAGGUCGUUGGCAAGAGCGUGCACAAGGGCUUCGCGGUCGGGAUGAGCAUCCGCUCUGCCACCUUCUCCGCCGGAGGCCACAGCUGGUGCAUCAAAUACUAUCCCAGCGGAAACGCCGACAACUGCAAGAACUACGCCUCCGUCUUCCUCGAGCUCGUGAGCAAAAGUACCGAGGCGACUGUGCUCUACGACUUCAGGCUGGUCAACCAGGCCACUGGCCUUUCAUCCUCCUUGUUCUCAUCUAAGGCGGUAUUCAACGAUGAGAAGCCAACCUGGGGGCCCCGGAGGUUCAUCAUCAAGAGCGAUCUGGAAGCAUCAGGAUACCUCAAGGAUGACUGCCUCGAGAUCGAGUGCGACCUCACUGUAAUCAAGGUGGAUGAGAUUGAUGUGCCGCCACCGAAUCUGCAGGAUGAUCUUCAAAAGCUUCUGGAAUCGGAGGAAGGGGUGGAUGUGACAUUCAAGGUUAAGGAUGAGGUGUUCCAAGCCCACAGAAUUGUGCUUGCGAUGAGAUCGCCCGUUUUCAAGGCUGAGCUCUAUGGACCCAUGAGGAACAACAAAAAGGGGAGCAUAGCAGUUGAAGAUAUAGAGCCUCCUGUUUUCAAGGCCCUGCUUCACUUCAUCUACACUGAUUCUUUGCCCAUCAUGAAUGAUCUUGAUGCAAAGGACCAUCAUGAAAUGGUCAAGCAUUUGCUUGUGGCUGCUGAUAGGUAUGGCUUGGAGAGGAUGAAGUUGAUGUGCGAGAACAUUCUUUGCAAGAAGCUUGCCAUUGAUAGUAUUGCAACCACUAUAAUUCUAGCUGAUCAGUAUCACUGCAGCAAGCUCAAGGAUGCAUGCUUUCAGUUCAUCAACUCUUCAAACAGAAUGGAUGAUGUGGUGGCCAGCCAAGGGUACAACGACCUCAAAAGAGAAUGCCCUGCUCUCACUAUAGAGAUUUGGGAGAAAGCAGCCAAAUCUCGUAAGAUUUAGUAUGCCUUGGUUGUCUAAUUAGGUCAUGGUUCGAAUUGGUAGUUUGGUUUAUAAUUAUAACCAUCCUUCUGAAAUGUUAGCUUUAAGCGGAUAUUAGGGGCUGAGGGUAUUACAUUUUGCAAAACUUGUCUUUUGUUGUUGGUGGUGGCUGACUGCCACACCAUAUAUGGAUCUAUGGUACCUAAUUAAUGUUAUGACUUAUAACAUUUUUAUCUACAGCCUAAGCAAUAUUGUUC